AUGGGCUGCCAAACUAUUUCCCCAAACGACCUGGAGCUUAUGAUGUCGGAUAAACAUGAAGCCAAAAAACCUGGGGCUAUCGAGUUUAAACUUCUUCACGAGAUCACAAAUAAUUUCUCUGAUGAAAUUGGACGUGGUGGAUAUGCCAAGGUUUAUAAGGGACUCCUUGGAAACGGCAUGGCCGUUGCCGUGAAGAAGCUGUCCAAUCCGCAUUUUCGCGACGAUAAAUUCUUCCUUCGGGAGAUUGAAUGUCUUAUGAAGGGGAAGAAGCACAGGAAUAUAGUACGAUAUUUGGGAUAUUGUUGUGAUACCGUGGGAGAAAUAGAAACAUAUGAAGAAAAAAAUGUCAUAGGGGAAAGGCUAAAAAGAUUGAUCUGCUUUGAGUAUGUACCAGAAGGGAAUCUCCGUAGCCAUAUCAAUGAUGCAUCUUGUGGACUUGAGUGGAGAGAACGUUAUAAAAUAAUAAAAGGAAUCUGCGAGGGUUUGAAUUACCUUCACACCAAAGGUAUUACUCACCGGGAUCUUAAGCCGGAAAAUAUACUCAUGGAUAAUAUGAUGGUGCCGAAAAUAGCCGACUUUGGUCUAUCAAGGUACUCUAAGGAUGAACAAACCCAUGCUAGUACUACAAAUCAUGUUGUAACCUUCGGAUAUGCGCCGCCAGAAUUCGAUGGCCGGAAAGUCACACGAAACUUUGAUAUAUAUAGUCUUGGUGUUAUAAUCAUGGAGAUCGUGACUGGAGAGAGGGGGCAUCACAAGCCAGAGGCAGUACUUGAAAGUUGGAGUAAUAGGCUUGAGACAUCAAUGGAAGAAGAUCAAGUACGUGUAUGUAUCGAGAUAGCAGUAGAGUCCACACAAUUCGAACCAGAGAAGAGACCAGUUAAAGCACAGGAUAUAAUUGAUAGGCUUGUUGCAACGGAGCUCCUUAACGUCUACCUUUUCAAGCUUGGGUUACCCACCGAACCCAAUACAGAUAAACAGUUGGUGUUUAGGCUUACGAAUAAGAGCAGGGAGUCCUGGCAGUACUUUGCAAGUAUUCCGCUCUACGUCAUCGUGCCUUCCAGGUCGACUUACACCCUCGUUGUCACAGCAAAACAACAGGAUAUGCUACCUGAAGAAAUAGACUAUGAUCUGAUCCAACAGAGCAGUAUAUCAGAAGACAAAAACAUCCAUGCUUUCAGAGACCAAUUAUACCUGAAGAAGUAUGACCAAUUUUAUGAGGACGCGGGGAAUGAUGUGCAUGAGGUGAAACUGAAAACUACUUUUGCAACAUCUGAGGAUGCAGCCUCACGGCGAAUAAAGAAUCGACAGAUAAUAUCCAUGAAGAAUACUCAUGGUGUUCUGUGUUGCCUAGAUGCACAAACCACAGAGCCAUGGAUUGUAACAGGUCAUCAGCACCGAGAUGUUUGCAUAUGGAACUAUUACCCGCAGAGAGGAAUGGAUUCGUUCAAUAUCUGGAAGGAGUCAGUUAUGCAUUCUUACUCGUCAUCGAAUAAAGUUCAUUCCGUUAAAGUUAUCUCAAGAAAGGAAAAGACAUGGUUUGUGGCUGCGACAUCGGAUGGUGUGAUCCAUGUAUACGAUUACAACAACAAAAUGGAAGAAGUGUCAAGUUUCAGAGCCGCCAGUGAUUCCUUCAUCACUUCAAUGGCCGUACAUCCAACCAAUUCGUAUCUAUUGUCAUCGGCACAUCGUGCUGUAAAGCUCUGGGACUGGGACAAUGGCUGGAAGGAGUGCCAACCAUCAUUCAACCAGGAACACUAUGCUAGUAUACGUCAAGUCGCAUUUAACCCAAAGAAUACCAACAUUUUUGCAACUGCUUCAGAUGAUCACACCAUAAAGAGGGAUCUAAAAGCCAUUACUUCACAAUUCAUAUAA